AUGCCGUCCAAUGAGUAUGGAGACUACGACACAGAGCUAAUUGAAACUUACGGUGAGGCAGGCACUGGAAAGUCUUGCUUGCUCCAUCAUUUCACCCACAAUUCAUUCAAAGACCAUUCACAACAUACUAUUGGUGUCGAGUUUUCGAGUCGAACUGUCAAACUAGGUGAAAAGCGGAUAAAGUUGCAGUUAUGGGAUACGGCAGGUCAAGAACGAUUUCGGUCAGUUACACGCAGUUACUACCGUGGCGCGGCAGGGGCAAUUUUAGUUUACGAUAUCACAAACCGGGAUUCGUUUGUAAAUCUCUCCCGGUGGCUAGCUGAUGCGCGAGCCUUAGCUAGUCCACAUCUCGUAACGGUCCUUGUCGGAAACAAGUCUGAUCGCGAGGAGGACAGGGAAGUAGAGUGGGCCGAAGCAAGCCGGUGGGCAGCUGAGAACGACGUACAUUUUUUAGAAGCAUCUUCUCUCACCGGCGACAACGUCGAGGCACCGUUCCUCUUGGCAGCAAGAUCCAUUCUGCUCUCGAUCGAGUCUGGGGCUCUUGACCCAGAAAAAGCGGGCAGCGGCGUCAGCUACGGUGACCGAGCACUCCGAAGAGUAAACAGCUCCAGCCGAUUGAGCUUCGGCAGUCUGAGUGGACGUCCCAGGCGAGGAACCGUAAAGCUCAAAAGCUGGAUUCCGGGCAAAUGUUGUUGA